AAUUCCAGAAGUUUCAGUUGGACUCAGACCUUGAAACACUGCAGUUCAGCCGUUGUUUGUGUUGAUAGCAAGCAGAAGUUCUUGGAAAUAUUUUAGUUUAUUCAAAUUAAUAUUUUAUUUAUUAUAAUUAAAUAAAUAAAAUGCCGCAGAAAAAAAAGAGUGGAUAUUAUUAUUUCAUGUUAGAUUUUAAAAAAAGGCAAGAAAACAGUGGUAGAAAAAUACACAGCCUUCAACAAAUACAACAAGAUGAGAGAUGUGGUGAAGAGUGGAGAGCUUUGUCUGAUGCUGAAAGAAAACGAUACAAUGACAAAGCUAAGGAAAGAAGAGCAAAUGGUGAAGAAAAAUUAACAGGACUCGGAGAGUCACUAAAAGUUGUUGAAAAACAACAAAAUGACCAACUCAGAUAUGAAAUGACAAUGAAACAAUACAUUAAUGAUCUCGUUGAACAAGCAAUUCAUUUUGAUGAUCUCGAUAAAAUUUCAUUUUAUUUCAUACAUGUAAACUGGUAUUAUACAAAAACAGACAAGGACACCAAUGUUGUUGAUUACCAUCCCGCGGAAUUUGCAGUGGUCGAAUUCACCCUAAACGAUGGAGCUAAAAGAACUUAUCAUGAGAUUAUUAAAGUUGUAAUUGAGACAGGAUAUACCAGAGAGGCCAUGGAACACAGCGAUGCAACUCAUAAGAUUGAUAUUGACCAUAAAGGCAACCCAACCGAUUACAAAGAGCUGUACUAUAAAUUAUUCAGCUUUUUAUCAUCUCAAAGUGGACCGAAAGAAAAACUUCCAGUUUUAUAUACAUCAAGAAAAAUGAAAAAUGUUGUUCCUUGUCUCUUGAAACGUAUGGCUGAUGCUGCAGGAGUUCCUCACGAUACAUUUAAUUUAUACUCCUUGGAAUAUCUGUUCGGUACUUUGAUGAUGCGUUUGAAUGAAAAUUUUCCUGAAGAGAGUAAUCGCGCAAGUCUAGCAGAAGCUGAAUUAGAAAAAGAUGCGUUUAUUUACACGCCUAACAUUGAGUGCUCAUACCAUCGGGGCAUUGAAGGAACUGGAGAAUAUUGUAGUCAUUCAAUUGUCACUCAAUGGGGUUACACGUUAUGUGAUUAUUGCUGUCAACUCCUGAAUAUUGCAAUGCGUUCUGGAAUUCAUCGCCCUUGCUCUGUUGAUGAACUUGCAUCUAGCAUUGAACAAUUAAGUAUUAAAAAAGUUAAAAAAGUCAGCCAACUAAAAUCUGAAACCGGGGUUUCUGAAGCCUAUCGAAUGAAAGUUGGGGAACGCAGUAGACGUGAUGAUGAGCAACGCAAAAAAGAAGGAAAAGAUAUAACAAUUAUUGACUACAGUGUAAUCCAAGAAGAAAAAAGUUCAAUUACUAUUCCCUCUGCUGCUGCGUCAACAUCAACAUCACCUCCAACUAAACUGUCCCAGUCAAUUCGUUGUCCCCAGACACUAUCACAAGUUCUUAAAGGAAAUACUGAUUCUGCACCAGCACUUGAUGAAAAUGAGUUUCCGGCCAUUGGUUUUUCUAAACCAAAACAUCGUUCAUUUAAAAAAAAAUAAAAUUAUAUUCCAGUCAAGGAGAUUAAUUUAUUUUUUAAAUAAUAAAAAAUAAAAUUGAAAACAUCUGGAAUCAAUAACACAAAGUAAUGAAUUGGAAUUUACAUUUAGUUUAUAUUUAAAGUAAAAAAAUUUUUUUCUUUUCUUCUUCGCUUAGUGCAGUUUAUAAUUUUUUUUUUUUUUUUUCAAAAUAAAUAUUGAUUUAUAUCAAUUAAAAUAUUUAAAUUCAAUACUUGAUAUACACAAAUUACUUAAAUAAUAUCAUUUUUAUAUUUUUUU